AUGUUAAAAUUUUUAAUAGCCAUCUUAGUGAUAAUCUCAUUACUUUCAAAUUUAAAUGCUGUUAAUGGACAACUUGAUGCCUGUUUAACUAAUUGUUAUAAAAAAACAAAUGUUAGAAAGGAAUGUCCAAAGGGAAGACCAUUUAGUCAAAGAUGUAAGGAAAUAAUGAAUAAAUGUAAUGAUCAAUGCUCAUAA